AUGGAGACAAGGGAGAGUGGGGAGUGCUGCGGUAUUCUAUUUCUGGGGACGGUACCGCAGCUCCUGAUAACCUCCCAAGUUCCAAGUGAAGGCAAUCAUAACUUCUCUUCUAUAGAUCCAUAUUUCCCUUCGGAAAGUGAACAUUUUCAGGACACUCAUUCAUGGGAGAAGAGAAAAGAAGCUGCCUUCUCAAUUGAUCCGGUCACAGGCACAAUAAAAGUCAUGCAGCCCCUAGAUCGCGAUCCGCCUCACGGGCGUGCAACGUGGCGCUUGGUGGUGACCGCGUCAGACGGGGAGCUGCAAGCCGACACCGAAGUUGUGGUCAACCUCAAAGACAUUAACGACAACGCACCCGUGUUUCUUACUGCACGUGUCGAGGCUACGGUUAUUGAGAACUCUCCUAGCGGCACGCCUGUAGUCACGAUAACAGCCGAAGACUUCGACGACAAGAACGAAGGGUCCAAUUCUAAGCUGAUUUACUCGUUGCAAAAGAAUGCUGUGGACGAAGAAACUGGCCUGGCAAUUUUCACCGUCAAUGCUUCGACAGGCAGUAUCAGCACAGCCAUGUGUUGUCUGGACAGAGAACGUGCGAGUCAUUACAGCCUAACUGUUGCUGCUACAGAUGGAGGUGGAUUGCAAGGUUCCUGUGAAGUUUUGGUGUUAGUGGCGGAUGAGAACGACGUUCCUCCGCGGUGGGGGCGAGCGGAGUGGACAGUCGAGGUUACCGAGGGCGCGCCCCUCGACCAGGUUUUCGCUACCCUCACUGUUAAGGACCCAGACACCCGCAACAGUUUGGCCUACAGGGUAACUCCGGAUAGUGGGAGGGGCUGGCAGAUGGUGAAAAUAGAAGGGCGAACAGCUGGUGAUGGCGCUGAGCUCAGGAGUCUGGUCCCUCUUGAUUAUGAAAACCCUGACCUAAAGGACGGCUUGAGAUUCCAAGUUCAAGUCACCGAUCAGGGAACGGAUGCAUGGGAGAACAAGUACAGGGUGGGCGAAGCGACCGUCAUAGUGCGCAUAUUAGACGUUAACGACAACGCUCCAUCAUUCGAAAAUGUUCAGCAAAGCGUGCGGAUCAGCGAAGACGCGCCACUUGGAACGGUGGUGGCCAAAGUGCCUGCCUUCGAUCUGGACGAAAACAGGAAUGGCUUGGUUCGCUACAGCCUCGCUGGUAGGAGAGGAUCAAGUCCUCACUUCGGCAUCGACCACACAGGGACCAUCAGGACCAUCGGCCUAGUGGACAGAGAGGCCAUCAGCAAGCACAGCCUAGUGGUUCAUGCCACUGACCACGGAGUGCCGCCACGCCAGUCGUCCGCUACUGUUACUGUUGAAAUCGAUGACGUGAACGACAACGCCCCCAUCUUCACGGGUCCCACGUACGUGAACGUGCACAGAAAAAACAUCGAAGGCUUCACGAGUUUUUUUAAUCUGACCGACCUCGACGACUGGAGUGUUGGCCAUGGACCUCCUUUCUCCGCCCAGCUUGAUCCAAGGGCUCCCAGCUUCAUAAGAAAGGCCGUCAGUGUCGCAUAUAGGAGAG